AUGGGGCAGACAGUGGUCAAGAAGUCGAAUGCAGCUGUUCGCAAAUGCAAGAAUCUACAAGAGGAAACUCUGGGCAAACUUCGAAAGAUUCCCAAAACUAUAAACUUUUGGGAUGUCAUAUCAAAAAUGCCCGACGACGUAUUUAGCAGCCACUUUAGAAUGAAUACCAACACUUUUAAGUCAUUAGUACAUAUGCUACAACCAUUUUGGCCAAAGCGCGAUUAUGGACGACCGUGUUUAUCACUUACGAAAUCCGUCUACAUAACCCUUUGGAAACUAAGCAAUCAAAACAGCUUUCGAGAACUAAGUGAUAGAUUUGGUAUAGGAGCAGGAACGGCUUAUAGGUCAUUUAAGAAAACUAUUAAAGUAAUUUUGUUACUUAAAACGAAAGUCAUCGUAUUUCCAUCGACAGAGAUAAGUCAAAGAAAAACAAUGGAUCAGUUUGAGGCAAGCCGCGCACUUCCGUUCCCAUUUGUAAUUGGUUGCAUCGACGGAACCCAUAUUCGAAUAUCCCAACCUAUAAAGGACAGCAUUAGUUAUUACAAUAGAAAGGGGACAUACUCCUUAGUAGUGCAGACUAUUGUAGAUAGUAAUAUGCGAUUUAUCGAUGUUUUUGCUGGAUAUCCCGGAAGAUGCCAUGACGCGUCUGUUUGGAAUAAUAGCCCAAUCAGAAAAGCUAUUAUCAAUAAUGAGAUACGAAUACUGCCGGAAUGUCAUCUUUUGGGUGACGGAGCUUAUCCUUUGGAAACUUUUUUAAUGACACCAUAUAAAGACAAUGGAUAUCUCACACGAGAACAGAAAAGAUUUAACUACGUGUUAAGUUCAACAAGAGUUUUUGUAGAGCAGGCAUUUGGUAUUUUGAAGAAAAAAUUUCGAAUAUUAAAUUAUAUUGAAAUUCAAAAUGUAGCUCUCGCAAAGCAAAUUAUCAUGGCCUGUUGUGUACUUCAUAAUAUUAUAAUAGAGAAUGAGAAAACAACCGAGGAGGCUGUUGAAUUCGUGGAACAAUCCGACAAUGGAAGUUUUUGUCCUUUAGCCGAAAUCCAACGGGCUACUGCUUCCCAAAGAGACGAAGCUAAAAGGAAAAGAAUAGAACUGACCACCCUUAUUUCAGCUUAA